AUGCCAUCGCUCUUCCGCGCCGCGCUCCUCUUCGAAUCCGCGGCCAACCUCGCCAGCGUCUUCCCAAUGCUCCUCGCUCCCGAGACUACCCUCUCCUACCUCGUCGCCACCCCCUCCCAAAUCACCUCCGCCACCCUUACCCUAACCCAAUGGCUCGCCGGCCUCAUCACCCUCGCCACCGCCCCCUUACUCCUCUCAUACCCCGAGACCGGCUCUCCGGCAGCGGUAGUAGCGAGAAGGCGGCUGACGUACCAGAUCAUGGGGAUCAGUGAAGUAGCGUUGGUGGGGAUCAUGUUAGGGCAGUGGGUGGUGGGAGGGAGUGGGAUGAGGGAUGGGGCGUUGUUGGUGGCGAUUGCGGCGUUGACGGGGUUUGCCGGGGUGAGGGGGUGGUUUUUGUUUGGGAGGCCGGGGUUGAUGGGGGUGGAGGGGAAGGGGAAAAAGGGGCAGUAG